AUGAUUCAUUAUAGCUCUAUUUACUCCCCCUAUUUUGACACAAAUGCUGCUGAACAUAGGGACUUGCAUAUUUCCUUAUCUCGCUUAAGAUACUUGAAGGUGAAAAUGCAAGAAGACUUGAAGCGGACAGUGCAAGAUGAUUCAGAUGAUUCAAAUGAUGAUUCAGAUCAUGAUAUUGAUUUCGAGACUGGAAUUUUUGUUAACACAUCAAUUCCUGUGCUUUUGGUGGGUUUCAACAUUGGUUCACGGGAGGCUGCUCAAUUGGUUGCGUUGGAUAUUGGUAGUAAUCUGCUUUGGUGCGAGGACCUUUGUUCUUCUACUCCAUUGACAUGUAAAACAACACCCAAUCUCUGCUCAUAUCAAUUGAAAUAUUUGGGUGAAAUCGUUGUCCGUGGAAAUCUUGCAUUUGAAAGAUUUGUUUUCGGUUUAUCAUUUUACAACCAACCAACGCAUGAGUUAAACAAUCUGGUAUUUGGAUGUACUAGAAAAGAUAGCUACAUAGACAAGUUCAAUGGUGUCUUGGGGCUUGGUCCUUCAGGAAUCUCAUUAGUUUCACAACUGGAUAGUAGUGAGUUCUCUUAUUGUAUUGGAAAUUUAAGCGAUCCAUUUGAUGAAAAAAAUGUACUGAUCAUAGGGAAAAAGUCCGAAGGAGUUGAAAACUCAACUCCUCUUAUUAUUAGGGAGUUCCAUUACUACGUAAAUCUUGAAGGCAUUAGCUUUGGGGAUAGGAUGCUCGGUAUUGACAAAAAGGAUUUGAGAAUGGAUAAUUUUAAAAGUGGUGGGGGUGCAAUUAUUGAUUUAGGUUCAAGUUUGAGUUUCCUUCAAGAUAUUGCAUACGAGAAAGUUGAACAAGGCAAUUGUUGA